AAGAAUGGCUAGGAAAUGUUUCUUCAGGAGCCCUGUAAUUGGGCAGCCAGCACUUUUGAUGUCUUCUUCAAUGAUGUCACCAGCUAUUGCCAGGAUAGGAAAGGCAGGGUCUCCCCCUGGAAUGAUGACAACACUUGUUUCAAGUUGAAGAACCUGUGGUUCUUUUUCCUGCACUCUUGGGAAAGCAAAUACACAAUGUUCAUUUCCUCAAUAUGGGAUGGGAUGUGCUGGGCUGCACAGCUAGCAGGUCAUUUUCCCGUAUGUCACAUCCUUCGGGACAAGGCAGCAUGGGGCCAGAGGCAGGAAAUGGCAUAUUCCUGGAAUGAGGCAACGUUUUCCCAGGGUAGCUAUUGGUUCUUCCUAACUAUAAAAUAUACUCAUCCAGAAACAGCUCAAGAUUUUUCCUUUUUGGAGGCACCCAGAAGCAAAGAAGGUGUCAUGGAAAGGCUGAUUGUCCCCCAGCCCCAAGCUGUGGAUUCUCUUCGCCGUUUCCAGGUGUUGUUGUUGGAUAGAAGGAGCAGACUUCAUGGCCAAAUCCGGAGCCUCCGGGACAUCAUCCGAAAGAUCGAAAAGCUUCGCAAACGGUCGCUGCUGGCGUACAUCACCGGCAGUUCCCUGAGUGCAGCUGGAGCCAUCACGGCCAUUGUGGGGCUGUCCUUGAGUCCCAUCACUCUAGGGACCUCUCUUCUGGCCUCUGCAGUGGGCCUGGGUGUGGCCACUGCCGGAGGGGCAGUUACCCUCAGUUCUGACCUGUCUCUGGUGUUUCGCAACUCCAGAGACCUGAGAAGGGUGCAAGAUAUUGCGGCAAUUUGCCAGGAUCAGAUGAGGGAAAUUUUAGGAUGCUUGGAUUUCUUUUGCCGGGGACAGGGUUGUCUGGAUUUCCAACUUCUCCAGUCUGGGAAGAAGGCUUCCAUUGCUCUGUAUAAUUCGGUCUAUUUUAUCGUGUUCUUCGGCUCACGUGGCUUCCUCAUCCCCAGGCAUGCAGAGGGGGCCACAAAGGUUAGCCAGGCCAUACUGAAGGCCAAGAUUCAGAAACUGGCUGAGAGCCUGGAGUCCUGCACCGCUGCCCUGGAUGAACUCAGUCAGCAGCUGGAAUCGAGAGUACAACUCUAUGCAAAAACCAAACAUGAAAACCCCGCUUUGGACUCAAAGGAAUCUCUGGACAAAUAUGGAGGGAUGUUUUUUUGAGAGCAAAGACCUUGGAGCUGAAUUGAGAUGAUGGGUAGUUGUACACAAAGAAUGGAAAGAAAAAACCAAACGUGACUCUUGUUGUAAAAGGGAUGUAUACUUUGGGUAUGAGGUGGAUUUCUGAGAUUCUGGUUAACACUGAGGUUUUCUGAAUAUAUGACUUGAAAUGGGUGGGUCCUCAUAGCCGUUAUUUUCUUACCAUUGUGAUAUCCUGUGAGGAAAAGGACUGGGAUUUAGUGCUGGAGACUUUUUCCAUGUUUAGUAGUAGCACAUGUGAAUGGGCGAUGUUAAUGUAUUGUGUGCUAGCAAAAUGUUUUCCUGUCACCAUCAAAAGUUUCCUAGUCACCAAUGCCAGCCAAAAGCUAGUUAGUUCUUCCUUGAGAACCCAAUGGUUGCAAAAUUACCUGGACUUUCAAGAUGGUUCCAGUUCUGCCUUGAGGGUACUGGUCCAUACCAAAGAGGGUCUGAGAGACUUCUUCAGUCAGGUUAGUUUUUAGGACUUCACUUCAAGUUCAAAGUAAUUGAAAGGCCCCUAAGAUGACUUAAUGAGCAGGGCAGAUCUAAUACCUCCCCCUUUUUGAUUCCAAAAAACCCCAAAGGAUCUAAAACAAAAGCCCAGUUACAAAGGCCAAAGACGACUUCUAUCUGCUUGCUCUUUAUGACCAUACUCCCCACAACCCAAAUAAAUAGAAGUCUCUGUUUCAGAGUUCAAGGAAGGUAUCUGAAACUAACCUGACUCUUUCCCCUGUCCCCCAGCUUUCUCUGUUUAAGAGUUCAUUUUGGGUUUAGAGAAGACCCCUUAGAGUGACUGUAGACUUAAUUUACCCAUCCUGACCUAAUGAUUUCAAGGAUUCCCCAAAGUUAUCACUCCAAUAUUUAGUGUGCAGUCCAAGGAAAGGUUCCCCUUUUUGGGUCACCUGUCUAUGCCAGAUGGCAAGCUCAAAGGCAGUCAGCAUCCUUUGGGUUAAUGGAAAAGAUGAGUUAACUGGAAAAGUGGCAGGUCAUUAUAAGGGGAAGGCAUAAUUGAUCUAAAAAUCCCUACAUAUCCUCAAAGGAUAUGACACAUUCUAUCCUUUAGAGGGCAGCAUUGUCUAUAUGUUGUAAAAACUGGUACACCAAAGAAUGUAAUUUUAUUGAGAAAUUAGCUUUUCUACCUUUUAUUUUAACACCACAUAAGGUAUUUUAUUUAUUUAUUUAAAUCUCAUAAUUUUAUUGCUUUUUAUUAUAUAACAGAGUUUUAUAGAAGUGACAUAUUUUAAUAAUCACCGGAAUAGUCAAUUUGGGAAAACUUGGCUGCUAUCACUAGCUUCAUUUCCGAGGAGUAAAGUAUAGCCAAAUGGUUUCUGUAAAGUGGAUAGGAGAUAGGUAAAUGGUUGCUGGAGAUGGCAUUAAUCCCUUUAAGGAGUCCCUUUUUGAUCUAUGAAGAGAAUUUAUUUUUCAAUGUUUUUGUUAAGUAGGUAAGAUAGAGGGACCAAAUAAAUGGAUGUUUAAAAAAAAAACAGCCUUUAGGAAGAAAAAGUAAGGUAAUAUAU